AAUAUCGCAAUCGUAUGUGUCCCAACAACAAUUGCAAGUUGUGAAAUUUGCUACUUUAACGCAGGAUUUUUCCAAAAUCCAAAUCACAAAUCAUUUAUAAAUAUUUGUAAUUUCAUGGGCCUGUUCAUCAUAUUCAUAUUCAAUCUUUUCUUCUAUAAAUAGAACAACAACAUCUAACUUCCCAGCUUCCUUACGCAAACCCACCACCUCCUCCACCGCCGAUACAGAGGAGAAAUCAGAAUCGGAAGCGGUUUUGAGGAGAGAGAGAAAAAACAAGAAUUGAGAAGGGAUUCAUUUGAUUUUUUUUUUUAUAAUUAUUAUUGAUCCAAGCCGGUUGUAGGUGAAAAUUGAUCUAUGCACCGGCCGAAGCUAAAGGCAUCGUUGUUGGAUUGGAUCGCUGUUGGGGACGGAGACCACAUUGUUUUGUUCCGGUGAUUAUGAGCUGGUUUGAUAAGUUGCGGUGUUCAUCUAGUGGCCUUAUGCUUUUUCUCCUUUACCAUUCAUUUAAAUUGAUCUCUAAUUUCUUGUUACCUAUACACCCGUAAUUUUGUUUUUCUUUUUCAUUCAAUCCUUUUGCAUUUGGAUUUCUUAUUUUUCUCAAAAAAAUCGUUCAAAAGUUCUCGAUCAAUUUACUGCGAAAAGAGGGAGAGGGAAGAAGAUUGGAAAAAAGUUAAAAAAGGGAGUUCUUUUUUCUUCUGUUUUUCUUUUGGGGGGGGAUUUGUGGACGGCUCUUGUUGUUUUUGCUGUUACACCGCUGAAUUCCAUGGAAACUAAAGACAGUGAUGAUGAUUCUUCGUUUUCCGGCAACUUUCUGGACGGUUCUUUGUUGUCGCGCAUCGAGAAGCGACAAGGUUCGCAACCCUCUGUCAUCGUAAUUGGCGGUGGUAUCUCUGGGAUUGCUGCUGCUCGUAUCCUACAUAAUGCAUCUUUUAAGGUGGUUGUGUUGGAGUCACGUGAUAGGAUUGGCGGCCGCAUCCUCACCGAUUACUCUUUCGGUUGCCCAAUAGAUAUGGGAGCAUCAUGGUUACAUGGUGUGUGCAAUGAGAACCCUUUGGCUCCUUUGAUACGCCGUCUUGGGCUUACUCUUUAUCGAACAAGUGGCGACAAUUCAGUGCUCUAUGAUCAUGAUUUGGAAAGUUAUGCACUUUUUGAUGUCAACGGCCACCAAGUUCCUCAGCAGACUGUUAUAGAAGUUGGAGAGGUGUUCAAGAAAAUCCUCAAAGAGACGGACAAAGUGAGGAAUGAGCAUGAAAAGGACAUGUCAGUCUUGCAAGCAAUAUCAAUUGUGCUGGAUAGGCAUCCUGAAUUGAGACAAGAAGGAAUUGCCUACGAAGUGUUGCAAUGGUACAUAUGUAGAAUGGAAGCAUGGUUUGCUGCUGAUGCUGACAUGAUAUCUCUGAGAAACUGGGAUGAGGAGCAAGUUCUUACUGGUGGUCAUGGGCUUAUGGUGCAAGGUUAUCUCCCAUUAUUGGAAGCCAUGGCGAAAGAUAUUGACAUUCGGUUGAAUCAUAGGGUUACAAAGGUUGCCAAUGGUUAUAAUAAGGUGAUGGUUACACUCGAAAAUGGCGGGAUCGUAGUUGCGGAUGCUGCGAUUGUUACUGUGCCCCUGGGUGUACUCAAGGCUAAUCUAAUUAAAUUUGAACCCAGCUUGCCCGAAUGGAAACUUACUGCAAUAUCAGAUCUUGGUGUAGGAAAUGAAAAUAAGAUCGCAUUGCUAUUUGACGAAGCCUUUUGGCCCAAUGUGGAACUUCUAGGAAUUGCUGCUCCCACAUCAUAUGCCUGUGGCUAUUUUCUAAAUCUUCACAAAGCAACAGGCAAUCCUGUACUUGUGUACAUGGCAGCUGGGAGAUUUGCUUAUGACCUCGAGAAGCUCUCAGAUGAAGAUACAGUUGAUUUUGUGAUGACACAGUUGAAGAAAAUGUUUCCUCAUGCCAGAAAACCUGUAAGCUAAUUUGCGUUGUUUAGGCAUUUACAGUAUCGUGAAGAACUUGUUUCUUUUUAAGUGUACAAGAAGUAGAAAAUUAAUACUGUCUUUGUUCACAGGUGAAGUAUAUUGUGUCAAGGUGGGGAACAGAUCAAAACACUCUUGGAUGCUAUUCUUACGAUUUGGUCGGGAACCCAUCCGAUAUAUACGACAAACUCCGAGAACCUGUUGGGAACCUCUUCUUCGGAGGCGAAGCUGUUAGUGUGGAGCAUCAGGGAUCAGUACAUGGGGCGUACUCUUCCGGAGUGAUGGCUGCAGAAAACUGUCGCAAGCAUGUUAUGGAGAGACUGGGAUCCUGGGACAGAAUUCAGCUCAUCUCCUGCAGGGAAGAAAUCCUUGAAUCAACAGUGCCUCUCCAGAUAUCAAGAAUGUGAUUUGAUUCUUGAAGAUGGUUGGAUUCUGCAUCCACCCCCUUAAUAAGAGAUGCACUAGCAUCCUACUUUUUCCCAUUCAGUUGUUUUCCUUCCUUGCUAAUUGCUGGGCAAAAAGGCAAUGGGACUUGUUUAGCCGUGAAAAACUAUUAAUUUCUUUUUCUAAAAGUUGUAGUCGGAUUUGGGUUGAACCUUAUGAAAGCUUGAAACCUUGUUUAAACUUGUCGAAUGUUUUAACUUCUUGUCUUUUAAAGUUGUACUGAGAUUUGGGUUGAAAGCCAGUUUUAAGCAGCAACCUUUAAAACUGUUGGUGUCACUUGAAAUUAGAUGAAUUUG